AAGCGAAACAGAAGAAGCACUCACACAGACGAAUCCAACCACACUCGAUCGUUGCCACUCUGCCGAUACCACACCCAGGCUAGCAGCCAUGAUGGCUUCACGAGCCGCCGCCGCCGCUCUCCGCACGGCCGCCCUGCAGGGCCACUUCCGGAGGUCGGCCUCCACCGCGGCGGCGCACGCCGAGAGGCCCAAGGCCAAGCCCAUGGGCGACUACGUGCCGGUGUACGUGGCGCUGGGGAUGAUCGGCCUGGCGGGGGCUCUGGGGCUGCACACGGCGCGGCAGCAGCUGGCGCACGCGCCCAACGUCUGGGUCGACAAGCGCAAGCGCGAGGCGGUGCCCGAGGUGGCGGACCCGGACCUCGCCCUCGACGAGGCCGAGCGCUUCGUCGGCGGCUCCGUGUUCCGCAAGGUCGCCCACGUCCAGGACGACCGCUCCCUCACCGCCGGCGUCGCCGACCCCGUCGCCGACUACCCGGCCAGGAAGGCGGUGACGCUCAAGGACGUCGGCGUAGACCCGCCGGGGAUCCCCGAGCAGAGCAAGGAGGGCGUCCUCGACAGGAUCUUCAAGAAGAACACCGCUUAAUUUCGAGAGGAGCAGGCAACAGCACGCUUCAGCUUCAGUCCCUUUAUUGCGUUAACUAGCUAGAUUUGUGUUUCAAUAGUCUGAUCGGCUGCACUUUUUCUGGAAGCUGGUCGGUGUAUCGCGAACGUGACACGUGAUGGGGUUGUACAUAUGUAUCCACUCAUAUCAAGAACUCUAGUUUGUUCUGGACAAUAAAUUAUGCACCUGCGCCGCGAGGCGUGAUCGUUGUUUUGAGUUUGAAA